UCAAGGUUGCAGGGCCGUUCGGGCCCGGAAAUCGGCCCCAUCCACUCUCAUCGGCGCAAUAAACCCACCCCAGGAAAGAAAUCUCAAAGCUGCCGGAGCUCGCAGUUCUCACCUCUGAAUCUGCGCGUCGUCGUCGUCUUCACAGCACAGCUCGAAGCGGAGUUGGGGCUCGCGGGGAAGCAAGGAUGCCGAAGGCUGCGGGGGACGCCAAGCUCCUGGUCCAGUCCCUCACCAAGGCCUACGCCGCCACGCCCACGAAUCUCAAGAUCAUUGACCUGUACGUGGUUUUCGCCGUGGCCACUGCCCUGGUUCAGGUCGUUUACAUGGGAAUAGUUGGGUCAUUCCCCUUCAACUCUUUCCUGUCUGGUGUCCUGUCGUGCAUCGGAACUGCAGUGCUUGGUGUUUGCCUCCGUAUUCAAGUCAACAAGGACAACAAGGAAUUCAAGGAUCUUCCCCCGGAAAGGGCCUUUGCUGAUUUCGUCCUGUGCAAUCUGGUGCUCCACCUGGUGAUCAUGAACUUCCUCGGAUGAGCAAUUGUCAUACAAGCUGUCGAGAUUUUGUAGUGUCCUUAUGACUGAGACUAUCAGCAUGUUAGAUAUUCAUGUGGCAUCAUACACACCUAUGUAAUCCGAGAGUUUCUCUAUGAACUAUAAGAAUUCAGUGGAUUUAGCGUUAACUUUGUGGAACAUGGGAACUUAUUUGAGGGAGUGAAGACAGGGAAAAGUGAUCACUUAAAUAUUAGUAUUGUUCGCUCA